UUUUUCUUUUUUUUUAGAUUUAUUUGUAAUUAAGAAAAUAAAAUCCAAAAAAAAAUUAAUAUGAAAGCCCUUUAAAAAAUGUUUAUUUUGUAUUUAAAAUAAAUUUAAUUAAAAAAUUGGCAAUUGUCCUAAAAAUUGUAGUUUGUUACACCUCUUCUCUAUAUAAACGAUUCUGUAAAUGUAUUCUCAGGCACGAACAUUCUUCUAGUUCAAUGUCUACUUUAUGUCUGGGUUCAGCUCUUAUUUUCCGAAAUGCUUUUACCGGCAAAAAUUGCCGUCAUCGUCCUAAACGUUUCGUAUGCAAAUCCAUGACCAAAACGACGCCAGAGAAUGUUUCCGCUGAUGUCCUUAGUCGACGCUCCGGCAACUAUAAGCCUUCUCCUUGGGACCAUCGUUAUCUCCUCUCCAUCAAUAAUGAACAUGCGAAAGAAGAAAAAGUGAUAGCCAGAGACUUGUUGAAGGAAAAAGUGAGGAAAAUGCUUGAUGUUGAGACAAAGAGUCGUCUCGAGCAAUUAGAACUCAUCGACGAAUUGCAAAAACUAGGGGUUUCAUAUCAUUUUGAGGUAGAAAUAAAUGACAUUUUAAUGGAUUUUCAUCAUCAAAAUGGAAGAAGCAUCUUGAAAUGUGUCAAGGAAGAAGAUUUACAUGCAACGGCCCUCGAAUUCCGACUUCUUAGACAACAUGGUUUUGAUGUAUCAGAAGAUAUAUUUGAUGUGAUAAUCGACAAAAUAGAAAGUGAAACGUUCAAGAGUGACGAUAUAAAUAGUAUCAUAUCACUGUAUGAAGCGUCAUACCUCUCCACGAAAUCGGAUAUUAAAUUGCGUGAAGUCAUCAGACCUUUUGCAACAGAACAAAUAAGAAAAUUUGUUGAUGGUGAAACUUGUAACCUUGAGGUACGUGAGAAGGCAAUUCAUGCUCUAGAAAUGCCGUACCAUUGGAGAAUGAGAAGGCUAGAAACGAGGUGGUACAUAGAUGCGUACGAGAAGAAACAUGACACGAAUCUUGUCUUGAUCGAAUUUGCCAAAAUCGAUUUCAAUAUUGUACAAAUUGCUCAUCAAGAAGAUCUCAAAUACGCUUCCAGCUGGUGGAAGGAGACAUGUUUGGUUAAUCAUCUUCCCUUUGUAAGAGACAGAAUAGUCGAGAAUUAUUUUGUGGCCGUUGGAAUAAUAUACGAACCUCAAUUUGGAAAUGCACGACGGAUCAUAAGUAUUGUUAAUGCACUUGUUACAACCAUUGACGACAUUUACGAUAUUUAUGGCACUCUUGAAGAACUUGAAAUCUUCACUGCCAUGGUUGAUAAUUGGGAUGUAAAUCGUCUUGAUGAGCUCCCCGAGUACAUGAGGUUGUGUUUUCUUAUUUUGUACAACGAAGUCAACAGCAUUGGAUGCGACAUUCUCAAAGAUAAACAUAUAAACGUUAUUCCUUUUCUUAAAAAAUCGUGGGCAGAUUUAUGUAAAACAUAUCUAGUUGAAGCAAAGUGGUACAAAAAAGGAUACAAACCAACCGUGAAAGAAUACAUUCAAAAUGCUUGGAUUUCAAUUUCUGGCCAAACGAUAUUGAUCCACUUUUAUUGCGGUUUCUCUGACCAAAUCUCGGUUCAGAUCUUGGAGACAUUGGCUCAACACCGACAAGACAUUGUCCGCUGCUCCGCCACCAUUCUCCGACUAGCGAAUGACCUUGCAACUUCGCCGGAUGAACUGGCUAGAGGAGACGUUCUCAAAUCAGUCCAAUGUUACAUGCAUGAGACUGGAGCAACGGAGGAAGAGGCACAAGCACACGUGCAGCAGAUGAUCUGUGACACGUGGGAAGAAAUGAACUACGAGGCAAAAAUGGCAGGAACUUCUUCACUGCCUCGAGGUUUUGUGGAAGCAGCAAUGAACGUAGCACGCAUGGCGCAGUGCAUAUAUCAAUACGGCGAUGGUCAUGGAUGUCCAGAAGAAGGCAAGACCGUUGAGCGUUUCAUGUACUUGGUUGUUAAUCCAGUCACCAAUACCAAAGUUAUAUCUCUUCUUUCCUAAUCACCUAUCCAGAAUCUUAAUUUCUGCAGACUCAUUUACUACAUAAAUCAUUAAAAGCUUCAACUUC